GAAGGUAAAGUUCAAAUUGUUGAUAAAAUGAAGAAAAUUUGAAACUAGCUUGAUUUGAUCACGUGAUGGCAUGCUUCGCGAACCAGCAAUUCAAAGUAACUUCUCUAAGAUUGGGCUUUUGUUACUUUUAGCAGUAAAAUUAAGAAAUGGGUGAUAAAUACUUCAAGCGCUACACUGAAAAAGCAAGAGCGCCCUCCUUUGAGGAGAUUGAUCGGCGUGAUCCUGUUGCCUUCUCGGAGGCUCGGGAACAGUGGGUGCUAGACAGACUAGUUGAACUGGAGACCGUUAAGGAGCUAAGAGACCAAGUGGCUCACUGUUACAGACAAGAGGAAGUCAACGCAAGACAGAAUUGCCGCACUAUAGUAGAUCAGUAUAUGCAAGCAUUUAAGGCAUACAAGGACAAAGCUUGGGGUAAUUCACCUGAUGGUAACUGGAGCAAGUGGAAGGUGCCAGUUGAAUAACUCUAUCCCAUGAAUUAACUGAUAAACUUUAUUUUGUAUAAAUCUUAUGCUGUUGUUUUAAAAGCACAACAAAGAAAGGAUUGUUGUGUAUUCCACUCAAAUAGAGUAAUUAAACUGUAAAUUGCUUCA